GCGUCUGCGGUACCGUACGUUGAGAAAACGCGCGACGUGACAAAAUUCCAUUGCCGUGAAAUCGCGCGCCGUCGUACGUGUCAGCGGGUCGCGCGGUGUUCGCGUGUUACUCGCGUGUGCCAACAGUGUCGGGUGUGUCUGAAUACAUUUCGUACACGUGGAUAACGCGGUUACCACCGCCGCGGGGUUAGUUCUCGCCGGAAUUCUACGGAAGGAUAUACCGCCGAGUCUCCGAUCAGUCUUCCCUCUCCCCCCCGAACGGUCGCCGUCGUGCCGGAGGAUUUGCUUUCGGUGAAGGGGAUUUCUCGACUUAGGCUAAGAUGUCACAUCACAGCGACGACAACAUGCUGAUAGCGACGUCAGACUCCUUCUGGGAGCCGGGUAACUACAAGCGAACGACGAGGAGGAUUGAGGACGGCCACAAGCUCUGUGACAGUUUGAUAGCUCUGGUUCAGGAAAGGGCGGAGAUCGAGAAGAACUAUGCCAAGGCACUCAAAAAUUGGUCGAAGAAUUGGAACGAUAAGAUCGAGAAGGGACCCGAGUACGGUACGACCGAGGCAGCGUGGAAGGGCGUCCUAGUGGAAUCCGACAGGCUUUGCGAUCUUCAUCUCAGGGUUAAAGAGAACCUCUGUAACGACAUCGUUCAACAAGUCAAAACGUGGCAGAAGGAUACGUAUCACAAGUCGAUGAUGACCCUGAAGGAGCGCAAGGAAAUGGAAGACUCGUUUAAGAAGGCGCAGAAGCCAUGGGCGAAACUUUUGCAGAAGGUUGAGAAGGCGAAAGCAGAGUAUCACAACAGCUGUAAAACCGAGCGGACCGCGGCGAACAUGGAAAGGAACGCCUCGGCGGACAGUUCUCUCUCGCCAGAUCAGAUGGCCCGAGGCUCUGAAAACAUGACAGAUUGUGGAUGUGGUGCAUGGAGCCUCAGAAUACCAAAAAACCUUAGGGAUAAUAAAAUAGGCGACGUUCAGUUUAAGGCUCUGCUGGUGAAGAAAAUGCAGGACCGAGUGCAAAAAACGAAGGAGGAGGUGCAAAAGGCGAAGGAGAAGUACGAAGCAUCGCUUCAAGAAAUCAAUCAAUACAAUCCAAAGUACAUGGAAGAUAUGACGCAAGUGUUUGAGAAGUGCCAGGAGAUGGAAGCGCAGCGAUUACAGUUCUUCAAAGAUGUCCUCUUCGGUAUUCACAAGUGUCUGAACAUAUCGCAAGAUCCAGUGCUUCCACAGAUAUAUGAAGAAUUCUAUCACACGAUAAAUAACGCCGAUCAUGAGAAAGACCUCAAGUGGUGGUCUAAUAAUCAUGGCAUCAAUAUGGCUAUGAAUUGGCCGCAGUUCGAAGAAUACACAGAGGAGUUCCGCGAGAUCACGAAGGGCUCGAAGUCGAAGGAGGCGCUCCCGGCAGGCUCCAUCACUCUCAUCAAUCAACGCCCGGUCGGCGAGGAUCUGCAUGAAUAUCCACCAGUCAAUAACAAAUCAAAAUCGAAGCCUGCCACACGAGUGAUAUCAACGGACGGCAAUCACGGAGAUAGCAAAACGGAUACCAUAAGUUCCAGCAAGCAAUCUUCAGAGAAGAAUGAAACAGAUAGCGUCAACAGGACUAUGACUAUUACUAACGGUACCAACGCCAAGCAAGAAUCGAACCCAUUCGAAGAGGAGGAAUGGGACGAGGACGGAGGUGAACCACUGGUCGACAAUGGAGAACCUGGUGUUCCCGUACGUGCUUUGUACGAUUACGAAGGUGCUGAAGCGGACGAGCUCAGUUUCAAACAAGGAGACGUAUUCGAGAAACUGGAAGAUGAAGACGAGCAGGGAUGGUGUAAAGGAAGAAAGGACGGCAGAGUAGGCCUUUAUCCGGCGAAUUAUGUAGGCUUGGUGUCGCAAUAGAUUAACUAAUGCAAAGCCAAAUCCACAAGUUAGUUACUUAAAUAUGUAAUCUCCGCGAAGAAUAAAAUUGCGUUUCAUUUCUCUUCGCUAUUGUUUGCGCGAGUAGAUUUCGCGGGACGUGAGUUUCGCGGCGCCCUGUAGAACUAUGUGGCUUAUGAUGAAUGAAUUGAAUGAAGAAAUGACUUACAAAAGUUUCUGAAUUCGAUACCUCUAGGUGAAAUGCAAACUGAUUGUCAGCAUUUACAAAUUGUAUAAAUGGCGAGUGGUGAUUCCAUUUUAAGAUCUUUCCCUCACGACUAGCGAGAUUAAAAUGGAACGGUUUACCACACGAAGAUAUACCCCUCACUCAGAAUGAAAUUUGUUUUUAGAUAGCUAGGUUAGUAAAAAUCCUUCAUUAGUUAGACUCUAUAGAUAAAUAUGGAUUACAUGCAUAUGCCGCGUGUAUAGCAAGUUUAGAAUAUUGGAAUAUUAUAUGUUUUACGAUUCAUUGUUGUAACUCAUUGUUGUAACAAAAAGAAUCUUUCGAUUGAAACGCGAUGAGAGUUCUAUUUAAUUUAUUGUUAUUAAAAAAGAAGUACUAUUAAAAACUAAUGUCUAUAUAAAUGGUGUCAUUGUACAUAAUAGAUGUAAGAGCCUAGCAAUAUGUUAAACUAUUAAUUGUCAUUUAAUGAAUUUGAAGUGUUACAAUAUAUUUAAGGUGAACGUAAAAAAACACAGUACAUAACUUUGAACGGGCAUAAAUUUCAUAUAAAAAGAGAUUCGGGACCUACAAAUCAAUAAUUGUUUCAUUUAUUGAUUAAAUCUUAUAGUUGAGAUAAUAAUUUGAUGAAAUAAAUUUCAAUUAUCAAUAUGCUAUAAAAGAAAAAUAUUUUCAUCUAAAAGUAUAUCGUAUAUAGACAUACACAUAUACAUGUAAACUUGUAUAAAUCCAGUAUGAGAAUCGUCUUUGAAAAAAAAUUUU